UGACCAGAUACUACGACUAAUGAUGACGAGGCAAGCUGUUGAUAGGCGGUUUCAUCAAGAAACCAACCCUACUCUGUAGGAUUUGGGAACUUUGCAAAACCCACUGCCUUUCUGUACAGUAUCUGUACAGAAAAUACAGAGUAGGGAUGGUUUGCUGAUAGUUGACCUCAGAUAUGUCUACUACCAUACUAGCCAAGGCCGGCCGCCGUAUCUGCCUCCCAAUUACACAUGCUACUAUAUAAACAGGGUGACUUGCGGCGGCGCUUGCAGGUCCCCUUGUUCCAACGGUGACCUACCCUGCUCACUGCCACACAACGAUAGACUUGCGGUUGGCUCCUGCUCACAUCCGAUACCAGUUCUAUCCAGACUAUGUCGCACCUUUUGUACUGGCCAGGUCGAAUUUUCUUCUAUGCGCUCGGCAACACGUCUGCUGUUUGCCUCACAGAGGAAUUGCCCCCCGAACACAGGGCGGAUGUGCUCCUCCUCGGCUGUGGUGACCCCAGGCACAUUUUAUACACAGUCUAUGCUGAUGCCUCGACGUCGAGUGAACCUCGCAAGCUUGACAUCACCUGUUGUGAUUGCGAAGCCGCUGUACUUGCUCGGAAUACAUUACUCUUCACCCUCUUAGCCGACGAUGGCGCCGAAGAUAGACUUCUCAGCAUCUGGAACGUAUUUUACCAUAUGAUGCUGGAUGAAGGCUCGCUUUCAUUGCUCAUCCAGCAAUGUCGCAAGCUCGUUCCGCUUGCGGAAAGCCUGGAUUCAUGGAGACAAGGUCCAUAUGCGCACAUCGUCGUCAUGUGCAACUCAGACACACUUUCGGAGAUCGGUCGAUUCUGGAAAAUUUGGCUUGGAACCUUCAACUUCGAUGCUAAGCAAGCUAAGCGUUUCAAGGAGAAUUUCCAGGAUGGCAUCAUAAACGUGCAGCGAGGACACGAAGCCGACCUCAUAACGACUUCUAUGCGUUCAGCAGGACCUCUUGCUCCAGUGACACUACUCGCUGUUUCGGAACAAUUCAAGCGCUUCUGGAUGACGGGUGUCACGGAUGACGGGUCCCCAGACGUGAAACCAGCGAACAACCCCAAUCCCACCUUCGCUUUCUCCUUGUCCGGAGAGAAGUUCGCUGUGCACUAUGGCACAGACCCCAUUUCUGGUUUUCAUCUUGCAGAAGCUCUAGCGUCUUCCGGACUUGAAUGCUCUACCAAGUCACCAUCAGUAAUCCACAAAGUCGUGCGGACUGCGCGCCAGCAAUUUGGUACUUGGUGCAAGGCUGUCAUACGCCGUGUCCAGAACACAAGUGUGUCCUCAGCAUCCUUGGUAGUGCGGAUGUAUGCUGGAGAGGCACUUGCGUUCUGUCAGGCACUUCAUUCUGUUAACAGGCCUUCCGUGACACACACACCGAUAUUCGUCGCGCCGUGGAAGCGAUCAGUGGUACAGCUCGACGACGCGUUAUACUCUCCGAGCGCGCCAGCUCCGGCCCCGACUUCCUUCAACGUGAUUGAGACGUCGAAUCUUCUUGAUCAUGUCGGAUUGCAAAGCCUACUCACCGUCACUAUUCCCCUCCUUUGUGGCUCUUCCUCGUCGACACUUUACACAGACGCUUUACUACUUGCAGGCGAUUCACCUGCCCAAAGCACCUUGAACCACAUAUGCGGUGACCUCUCUACCAUUUCACUACUGUUAGGUGUCGUUCCUUGUUCCUAUAUUUCCCGUUUCACCACACGUUUCAACUUCGAUAACAUGAUGCACGACAUCACAAAAUCUUCCUCGACGCAGUGUCAUCAACGUCUUGCUUGGAAGCAUAUCAAUUUUGGCCAUCAUUCGGAUGGUUUGCAUGAGGGCGAGCUUACGUUUACUCCACACCAACUGGCCCGAGAGCUGUUCGACAUAUACUUGAGGAUGUUCUCCGAUGAGGAUCUCAGAAAACAGAUGGCCAUCUUGUCUCUAGAUAAACCUCUAUUGAUGGGCAAGAUACAGCCGCCAGGAAUUAUCCAUUAUACGCGCCGCAGCUUCGCUUUGUUGCUCGCACAUAUCAGAACAAGAGUCCGGUGCGACUGGAACAAAGUCAUCAAUAUUCUAGAGGCGUUAGUUCUGCAGGAUCGUACACUUCUCACUGGGUCGAACUUUUACCAAGAAACGGUCUGUCAACUAUACCUCGCAGGUUUCAGUCUUUCCUGGUUUGGCCCUGCACAAAUACGAGAACUUCGCUCUCAAGAAGACCCUCCCAUUUUCAGGUCGUGGAGCAUGGUUCCCGAAGUCGUGACAGUCGUGCUGGUGGUUCCACGUCACGCCAUCGCUAAAGUACAAUCUGACCUUUCAAAUGCUGGUACACCUUAUCUGCAAUGCGGAAUUGAAGUCGAUGGCAAGCAUGGCGCCUUCGCAUGUAUCUCGGCAUCAUUCGGCAAUCUUGAGAUAUCAGGCGAGGGGGAGAAUAAGGUGGCAGUCGUCGUCGAGGACAGAGAGGGGAUCAAUGGCAUGUCGCCUUUGAUCGUCUCCUUCCCUGUUCUUUCUACCAUAGUCAUCCGCACCUCUGGUGCAACUGUUGGCUUGGCGGUGCGCCCGAAUUCUCAAACUGCGGCGUUGGUGAAAAAGUUAGGGCUAGAAAUGUGCCUGUUCAAGGCUCUAUUGACCGAUGAACGAUAUGCCCAUGUCCUAACAAGGUCACCAACAACUAGCAAAGGCACGACCAACUCGGAGUACCCUCUUGUGCCUCCUAAAUUGGACACAGUGUCUCGGGGAAAUCCAAUCCACGUGGAAAUGGACAUCUCCAAUAGGCGGAUUCGGUCGCUCACCGCACGCAUUGACAUCGUAGACCCUACAGGACAAGCUUCACUUGCCAGCAGUUGCGCGGUUACUGUGGAGCAAUUAUCUCUGAAUGGAGCCAAGCUACACGUCGAUCAAUACCAUCAUAUCAUCCCCUUCCCCCUCCCUGUUGACGUAACAAACGCCAAGCUUCGCGUAGCACGGAAGUCGAAGUACGUCGAGGUGGUUGCGCCAAUGACACUGGCACUCGACGUCAAGGGAGAAUGCAAUGUGACGAGGAAUUUCAGAACAACCUUUGAUUGUGGCGUACCGACGCUCUGGAAUAUGCACCGCGUGAAUCUGGAUCGUUGCCCUUCCUUCAAGCUCUCCAAGAGUCGCACAGCAUUCAACUGGCUUGAACCGCAUGUUGCACUUAUGUUUUCGCAAAGGGAGUACACGUUGCGUGCACAGAGCACGUUCCCCGGGUCUAUCCCUGAUACAUUUAUGAACUUGAAGGAUUCCCUCUACACUCUGUUCGUUUCUGCCACCAGAUUGGAUGGACCCACUCAUGCAGAGUUUGCGUUGUGGAAUCCUGAAGAGAACAGAUUCUACGCAAUGAUUCUCGUUACCGAUAUCCGACUGGAUAUUGGCUCCCACACGGUCGUAGCUGAUUCGUGGAUCAUACCAGGGUCAAAUGAUAUUCAAGACAAAUUGAAGAGGGAGGUAACACCGGCGCUUUCUAUCAAGACGGAUGCCCACGAGUCCGAAGCAUGGAGACAUUUGCUUCCGCUGUUAAUCGAGCGGUGCCGUACUUGGAAGCACAAGCCAACUUGCGAGUACCUCGUUCAUAACUCUCUUCCACUCUACCCAGGUUCCGGGUCGGACCCAAAGAAGGUGCCGUGGUGCUCUUGUGGGAUGGGUGUCGGGACGAAAGUGUUGAGGGAACGGUACGGCAGCGCCUCGGCCAGAUACGCGACGAGGGCAGCAAUCAGCCCGUUGUUCCUUGUCUCGUACAUGGAGAAGGUCGGAAUGAAGAUAGACGGCCCGGUUGGGCCUCUCGCCAUGACAGGGUGUACGGUGUGCGGAAAGGGUGGCGUUCCGUUGUCUGCGUGUUCCAGGUGCAAGAGCGUCAAGUACUGUUCGAGAGAUUGUCAAGUAAAGGAUUGGAAAAAGCACAAGACGAACUGUGUAUCAACGUGAGCUAUGUAUCAUAGCACUUGUAUUCCCAUCUCAAUUGCUAUGUUUGUACCUGCCCAUUCAAUCUUUAACACGUCGG